AUGGAACCGAAAGAACCGGAACUGACCCAGGAAGAGAUUGACCACAUUGCUUGGAUCGAGAAGAUUGCUGAACAGUCUUCAUUCGAACAAAUGACUGCACCACCGACACGUCCACCUGUACCAAUCAAAAUGGCAACAGUUGAUGAACCAGUGGUUGUCACUGAAGCUCAUGAGGAUGAAGACAGAUCCAGUGCCACGUCAGGAGCAGACUUCCAGCAAUCAUUCGAUCAUGAAGUCACUUACGAACGAUCAUCACCACUUCUUGAACCAGAUGAGGUACCAGUAAUGGAACCGAAAGAACCGGAACUGACCCAGGAAGAGAUUGACCACAUUGCUUGGAUCGAGAAGAUUGCUGAACAGUCUUCAUUCGAACAAAUGAAUGCACCACCGACACGUCCACCUGUACCAAUCAAAAUGGCAACAGUUGAUGAACCAGUGGUUGUCACUGAAGCUCAUGAGGAUGAAGACAGAUCCAGUGUCACGUCAGGAGCAGACUUCCAGCAAUCAUUCGAUCAUGAAGUCACUUACGAACGAUCAUCACCACUUCUUGAACCAGUUGAGGAACCAGUAAUGGAACCGAAAGAACCGGAACUGACCCAGGAAGAGAUUGACCACAUUGCUUGGAUCCAGAAGAUUGCUGAACAGUCUUCUUUCGAGCAAACGACUGCACCACCGACUCGUCCACCUGUACCAAUCAGAAUGGCAACAGUUGAUGAACCAAACAUCGUCACUGAAGCUCAUGAGGAUGAAGACAGAUCCAGUGCCACGUCAGGAGCCGACUUCCAGCAAUCAUUCGAUCAUGAAGUCACUUACGAACGAUCAUCACCACUUCUUGAACCAGUUGAGAUACCAGUAAAGGAACCGAAAGAACCGGAACUGACCCAGGAAGAGAUUGACCACAUUGCUUGGAUCGAGAAGAUUGCUGAACAGUCUUCAUUCGAACAAAUGACUGCACCACCGACUCGUCCACCUGUACCAAUCAGAAUGGCAACAGUUGAUGAACCAAACAUCGUCACUGAAGCUCAUGAGGAUGAACACAGAUCCAGUGCCACGUCAGGAGCAGACUUCCAGCAAUCAUUCGAUCAUGAAGUCACUUACGAACGAUCAUCACCACUUCUUGAACCAGUUGAGGAACCAGUAAUGGAACCGAAAGAACCGCAACUGCCCCAGGAAGAGAUUGUCCACAUUGCUUGGAUCGAGAAGAUUGCUGCACAGUCUUCAUUCGAACAAAUGACUGCACCACCGACACGUCCACCUAAUGGCAGCAGUUGA